UAGGUGAGGGUUAGGGCUAUUCAGUGUGACACAUGUUUUGUUUUCUAUCCAUAAUAAAAUGGGACAGUUAAGCUAACAAGGAUACUUUCGAAAAGCUUCUCAGUGACCUUGCUCCAGCCUCCUAGAAGACACAUCGCCAUGGGGAAUACAAGCAGCGAGAGGGCGGCCAUGGGCCAUGGGGAAAAGGCUCAGCGGAGGGACAGCCGGGGAAACAAGGAGGGAGGCGGGCCAAAGAUCCUGAUGGACAGCCCGGAAGACGCAGAUAUUUUUCAUGGUGAAGAUAUGAAAGCUCCGUUAGAGAAAGAGGAGUUCCUCGCAUGGCAGCAAGACUUAGAAGCAGAUGACAAAGGGCCAACUUUAGACCGACCGACAGUGUUUCGCUGGACCGGAGACGGCAGGGAGGUGUACAUCUCUGGAUCCUUCAACAACUGGGCCAACAAGAUUCCCCUCAUCAGAAGUCAGAACACCUUUGUGACUAUUGUUGAUCUACCUGAAGGGGAGCAUCAGUACAAGUUUUAUGUGGAUGGCCAGUGGACCCACGACCCGACCGAGCCUGUUGUAACCAGUCAGCUUGGGACAGUGAACAACCUCAUCCAGGUGAAGAAAACAGACUUUGAGGUGUUCGAAGCUCUAAUGGUGGACUCGCAGAAAUGCUCCGACAUGUCAGCCAACACCACUUUUCCCUCUGCCAGCUGCAGUUUGCAUACAGAUGAGAUCCUCACUCUGCUGCCAGACGUGAGCAUAGACGUGUGCCUUUUUAUCUCAGUCUAG